AUGGGGAAGAAGCUUCUGAUCAUUGGAUCUGCUGUGGGCAUAUUUGCUACUUUGGGCUAUGCCAUUUGCCUCUUCCUCCCGUUGCACAAGGUUUAUUGGAAAAUUGGGAAUCUGUUCGAUGCCGUGCAUAUGAACGUUUACAGCAUGACAGUCCACUACGACUGGAAAUGGACGAGAGCGUGCAAGUUGGUACAAGCCUUCGGCACCAAAAAGGAUCUUUGUGCAAAAGACAAAGACGGCGAAUCAGCCUCUACCUCUGUAAUGCUACAGGACGCCUCAAGCACGUGGUGCACGGCCGCGUUCAAAAACGCGGUUACAGGAGGCUGCACUGCAAUGACCUGUGCAUAUUUGAUGGGCAUUAUUCUGAUUCUCUUUACAGUCGCCAACAUGAUCAUGCAGGGUGUGAGCUUAUUUCUCGUGCAAGAGUAUAUGAAAAAGCCCAAGAAGCAGUACCGCGAGACAGCAUUCUUCCUGGACCUCAUUGGUUGUGUCCUGAUGCUUGUGGGAGUUAUUCUGUACUGGCCAACAGCAAUCCUUGCGUUUGAUAGUAUCACCGUAGCUGGUGGCCUUGGUGAUAUAUUCUUUUCGCCAGCCGACAGCCUUGGUGUAACCUGGGGUUAUGUCCUGUUGUACUUCUUCAUCAUCAUUCAGGUGGUUUCCGUUAUCCUUCUUGGAAAUGGAUCCAACUCUGCUGAGACCAGAGAAGCAGAGCUUCGGGAGCAACGCAAGUUUAUGCAGGAGCAAGAGCUGUUCCAGCAGGCAACAGAGAUGACAAGCUCGAACUAUGGUGGAAAGGUUGGCGUCACCGCGCCACCAAAUCACUGGGGUCAAAGUUUCGGUCAAGGUCCUCAAGGCAAUUUUGGUGCACCAACGCCGCAGUCCUUUCAAAACUACGGCUAUGGUGGGCCUCCACCCAUGGCCCCGCAACCCAUGCCAAUGCAACCCAUGCAACCCAUGGCACCGCCGUCGAACAUGACCGCUGCUCCCAUGCAGCCAGCAGGCCCAUACUUCUGA